AUGGUAAAUACACUAAAGUUGACAGCUAUUUCGCUGGCCGUUGAAUGCGUGGUUGACCAGAAUUCAAAAGGGGAGUACCAUACGGAGCAGGCCACGGGCGUACGCUGCCACGUCUGGUGCAAGUACUGUCUGAAAAAAGUGUACGACACCAAAUCGUGGGGGGUUGACGGAUUGGAGCUGUGGCUGUGGAAGUACUACAAAAGAUAUCUUUUG